UGAAAAGUUCCCACACAGAGAAGAAAAGAGAAGAAAGCAGUCAGAGAGAGUCAGAGAGGGAAGCCCGGGCUGCAGCUCCACCGAUGUUCAUCAGGAGUAAAAGAAACAGACAUGCAUUCAGCAGGCAGGUCGUGGCUGCUGCUCACAGGCUUCAUUCUCUUUUAUAUCAUCUACCUGCUGUUCGGAGCUCUGGUUUUCUCCAGCAUCGAGCGGCCUGUGGAGGACAAGCUGCGAGAGGACUUGGACGCCUUGAAGCAGGAGUUUCUGAACCAGAGCUGCGUCAACGCCGCGUCCCUGGAGCGCUUUCUGGUUAAAGUGCUGACGGCCAACAAGUACGGCGUCUCCGUCCUCAGAAACUCCUCUUUUAGUUCAAACUGGGACCUGGCUUCCUCCAUGUUCUUCGCCAACACUCUGGUCACCACAGUCGGUUAUGGUCACAACACUCCUCUGUCAGACCCUGGAAAAGUGUUCUCCAUCAUCUACGCCCUGAUCGGAGUCCCCUUCACCAUGCUGGUGCUGACGGCCUGCGUGCAGAGGCUCAUGUACCCUCUGGUCCUCGCUCCCGUUGGCCGCCUGCAGCGUUCGGGCAUGGAGCCCCGGCCCGCCACCGUCCUCCACUUCCUGUUGCUGCUGGUUCUGGUGGUGUUGUUCUUCUUCGUGGCGCCGGCGGCCGUGUUCAGCGCGGUGGAGAUGACCUGGUCUUUCCUGGACGGCAUCUACUUCUGUUUUAUCUCGCUCUGCACCAUCGGGCUGGGGGACUUUGUUCCAGGGACGCAACCUACACAGAAGUACAGAUCCCUGUACCAGGUCGCUGUCAUGGUCUACCUGUUCGUUGGUCUGAUGAUGAUGUACCUCCUGCUACGCACCUUCCACAAAAUGGCCGACCUGCACGGCCUCACCACCCUCCUGCAGCUGCCGCGCUGUGAGGAGACUGACCUGGACGAAGAGAGAGAGCCCAUUGUUGAGAACGGACAAAGGAACCCGACGCCCCCUUUCGUCACAGGAAAAGAAGACGGCAGACCCCUGGAGCCGGGAUCACAGCUGACAUACAACACCAUCAACAAAGGCUGAGCUGAGGGGACGCAGAGAAGGAGAAAAAGCAGCUCUACCUCCGUCGACCUAUUGGGCUUGACCUGGUGAUUAAACACCCGGACUGGUUGGGCUGAAUCUGAAUUCUUGUCUUAAUCGUUUCAUUCUUGACAUCUGUUUGUGAGAGGUGAGCAAAAUGAGGGAUUGAGACGAGUGUUGAGAUUCAGCCUUUGUGUGUGUGUGUGUGUGAGAGCACCAACAAACACCUUACAUCCCUCAAUGCACACAUGAGAGGACUAUCAGAACUCGACUACGGCAACCCACCUAGGCAAAAAGGCACAUGUUGCUUUUCCUCAGCGCUGGUGUAACUGCGGUGUGUCCACAGCUUCAGUGUAGCACAUGAUGGGCUCAGACUUUGGACACCGGUUUGUUGCUUUCAGGUCACUUUGUACUUUUUUGUUCCACUGGUUUGGGUUACAAGUUCAGGACUGUUUUAUUGAUCUGGAACGAUAACUGUCAAACCGUCUGCAGUUGCACUUAACCAUCUGAACCUUACCAGACCAAUACUGGCGGUUUGACUUCUUCCAGUUAUUUUUCACAUUUGCACAUUUUGACUGAAACCCCCCCCCUUAGAAAACUGUUCAGACUAUCCAGUCAGAAUAUAAGCAGUUUUGGCUUUUAUUUGUUUUUGCACAACUUGAAUCCAUCUUCCCAAGCGUGCACGAUCACAGCUGCAGUGCCUUUAAAAUAGUUCAAACUUGUGUUCACUUCCUUAAAGACUAGUUUUAUGAAGACCUCUGCUGAACACUUCAAACACAAGACUUUCACGAGAAUGUGUUCUUCAGAAUAAAAGGAAACAAUAAAAAAAAAAAAAAAAAAAAUCUGAGGACCUGAGGUGUUUCUUUAGGGUGAUUGAGGGUCUGAUAAAUCCACCAGAAUAAACCUUUGAAAUGCACUUUAAUGUUCACAACAGUUCAAUGCCAACUGAGCUGUAGUCGAGUGAAGUGGCUGAUCAUAACCUGAUGUUGUAAAAUGUUUGGAUGUAGUUUAGUGAUGUUUGUGUAUUCAUGUUGAACCACCGUUCAUUUAAAAAAACAUGUUUGCUGUUAUUUUUGUUAAAGCAUGUCAAACUCAUCUUCACUCUGACACGUUUACUUUUAGCAGACAAUGCAAAGAAUCAAUGACUGAAUUUACUUCUGGUUUCCUCGAGGUGCUCUUAUACUCUUGAAGUGGGAGCGCAUUCAAGUCCUGUACUAACCAGCAUCCACUUUAAAUAAAAUAAUGUGACAUGGUUUGUAUUAUCCUUGAUUGCUUUCCUGCAUGGAAUAAAUACGAAGACUUCA